GACCGCGAUCGCGCAUCAUGCGCUUGCAUCUUGGAGAGCUCCUUGAUGAGAUUGGCGAGGGAGGGAUGGAGACAGCGGCCCUCUUCCGCGAGCACAGCAAGGACCUCAACGAGCUCAAGGUGACCCCGCGCUCGUACGUGUACGUCCCUGUGGGCAGCGUCCUCACGCUGCCGCUGCUGCCAUGGACCUUCCGCGGGUUCUCGAUCGCGGUGUGGGUCCAGCUCCCGCCGCCGCCACCCGUCGAGGUCGGCCCGAAGCGCAUCCGCCUCUUCAAGUUCUACAGCACGAGCAAGAAGAUGGGCGUCGAGUGCACGCUCGCGCCGCUCAACGACGACUGCACGCGCGUCUCGCUCAGCGUCGCGUCGGCCACGAACGAGAAGGGCUGGCGCCACGUGAGCUCGCAGUUCGUCUGGGACGCGCAGCAGUGGCACCUCGUCGUCGUGACGCACAAGCAGCACUACCUCAAGCGCAGCCACGUCGAGUGCUAUGUCAACACGACGCGCGUCAUGAGCGAAGACCUCUCGUACCCGACGCCGACGGGCCCCAUGUCCCAGUGCCUCAUCGGCGGCGUCGACCCCGGCGGUGCCACGGCGCCGUUCCAGCUCUCGGGCAUGACCAUGUACGAGGACGAGCUCCGACCUGAUAUGAUGGCGGCCCUCCACCGGCACGGACCGUCCCAUACGUGCUUGCGGCGCCUCUUCUUGGGCGUCAAUCCGUUCCAGAACACGUUCCUUGAUACGAAGUCGCUCGCAAAGGUAUCGACGCACGAGAAGACGCUCACGAGUGAGAUGAGCAUGCACCUCAAGAUCGUCUUUUCGUUCAGCGCGCACGACGUCAUCGAGGACGACGAAGGACGUGACCGACCGAGCCUCGGACCCGUGCUCUGCACGCAGUGGAGCUGCGAAGGCGACCGCGACAGAAAGGGCCGCUGGACGCGCUUCAAGGCCGAGGGCGACCACGCGUUGUCGCAGCAAACCCACGUCGUCUUGAGCCCUGGCGUCUUUACGCUCUCGCAUCCCGACCGGGCCGACGUCUGGUUCCGCACGGGUGGCAUUCCUUCGGUGCUCUUGUUGCUGCACGUCAUGUUGUCUCGACCAAGCGCCGAGAUGCCCAUCACGCUCGGGUAUGGCCUCAGUCUGCUCCAAGGUCUCCUGCGCAACUCGAUUGCCCAUCAAGAAGAGAUGCUGCAUCAAUAUGGCUUUCACUUGCUCAGUCAUGUGCUGCGGUCACAUGGCGGCGACAACGAAGAACUCUUGAGCGCGAGCAACGCGACGGCGUGCGUCGAGCUCGUCGUUGCCAACUACUUGGAUCUGCACUCGGGCGACCCGGACCCGAUCCCGCUCUUCGUCGUCGGCGUCCAAGCGCUUUUGCUGGACUUUGAUUUGUGGAGCACGGCCACGUUCAAGACGCAGUCCAUCUUGCUGCAGCAGCUCGUGGGUCUGCUCAAGACCGUCUCGUGCCUGCACCGGAUCGUCUCGACGCAGCUCAUCGUGGACAUUCUUCGGCGGCACUACCUCAAGGCCGCGCUCGCCAAGCGCAAGACCAAGGACCCGACGUGGGUCGACGAGUGCGUGCGGUCGCUCGUCACGUUCUUGGAAGCGACGCUCGCGCCCGACGACGUGGCGCCCGACGCGUCCCUUCGCAUCUUUGUCGUCGGCGACGCUGUCUUGCAGUCGCCGUCUGGCUCGAUCGCCGCCGACACUGCGCUUGAGAGCGUCCUUUUGCCCAUCGCUUUGGUCCGCAACGUGCGGACGGCGACACGCUUCCUCCUCGUCUGUCCCGACGCGCUCCUGAGCCGCGCGAUCCUAACGAGCCUAUCGAGCCGCGCAGUGUGCGACCCGCCCAUGUACAUUGCGCUCCUCGGCGCCAACGCGCUGGACUGCAUUUUGUAUCUCUUGCAGCCCAAGCACGCUCUUGCAACGCGACUGAGCGCGCUCCGGCUCUUUGUGCUCCUCUACGAGUGGCUCGAGUCGAGUGACGGGCGCGGCGUCGUCUCGUCGCUCGAGCGGCAUCUGCAACUCGACUUGGUCGACGACAGCACCGCGUCGCUCUUCCAGGAGCUACUGUUUGACGCAUCCUUCUUCAUGGGUCUUCGCCACACCGUCGCCAUGAACGAUCCGUCGAUGACCGGCCGCGACGCCAACGCCUUUGCCGAGGCUCCCACGAAAGGCAUGACGGCCUCGUCGUCGCGCCUCGUGCUCUCAUACGACGACCGCCUCGUGGCGCUGCGAGCGAUGGCGCUGCGCUCGAUCCAAGAAGUCUCCCACGCGACGCCCAACAUGCCCAACGUCUUUGCGGACGGUCUCAUGACGCUCAUGACGCUGCCGCUCCGCGGUACCCUUCCGUUCAUUGCGUGUCUCUUUAAACACGUGCCGAGCAUUUCGACGUCGUGCCGCGAGCGUAUCCUCAUGGAGAUUAGCGUCUAUGUCAAGACCGACAUGGCAACGCAGAAGCAGCUGCUCAGUCUUCCGUGGGUCGAGUGGUUCACAGACCUCCUCGCGUCGUGCUGCAUUGGACCCGAGCCCCAAGAGACGGGCGAGGACCUCGUGUUUGACACGAUCGUCACGCUUCUGUGUGCCGCCAUGUACGCGCCGCAGGGCUGGACCGCGAUGGCGCAUUUUCUCUCGCUCGUGCGCGCGCCGCCGCCGGCCGACGGGAACGAUCGAGGCGCCAACCCGUUUCGCGCGGCCAACGUCUUCGUGUGGUCGCGCCGGCUCCUCGGGCUCGUCCUCGUGCGGCUUGUCCGCAGCAAGACGAUUCUCUCGCGUGCGCUCGCCGAAAACGUCCACCACCUUGUCAUUCUGGCCUACUACUUGCUUCUCGGAGUGCCCGACGACGCAACGCACGUGACGCUCCUCCUCUCGAGUGUGCUGGACGUUGUCGACAUGCUUCUCGAGAGCACGAAUAAGAAGCACCGCGCGGGUUUGGUGCCGGCGCUUCGACUCUGUCGCGCGGUGUUGCCGCUGCGUGCCUGCGCGCCCGUCCUUGUGCGCCUCGUUCAGAGCCUCGAGGCUGCCCUUCAGCAAGAAGUCGGGCAGCGCAUUCCGAUCGAUGAAAACGUCCCGACGCACGAGAUGUUAGUCCGCGUGCUGUGCAGCCUCGCGCUCGGCUUGGCCGGACAACCGUCGACGGACGACCAAAAUCUUCUCGGGGAUCUCACACUCAAGAUCGCUACGAGUGGCGAGUUUGCGAUUGCACUAUCCAAAGGGCGCGUCUCGAUUGAGAUGCUGAGCGCGCUGCCGGCCCCGACCGCGGCGCGCCUCGUUUUGGAUACGCUCGUGCCCCACGGAAGGGAGGAUACGCUGCACCCGAGCGAGAUGGCCGACUUAGCAUUGACGCGGCAAACACUCUUUCCCGGCCUCGUCGCCGGCGAAGAGACGCCGCCGGACACCGACGCGGAGAAGCGCAAGGUCGUUCUCGCGGCGUCCCAAGUCGAAGAGGCGCGCAUGAUGGAGGUACUGAAAGAAAUUUCCAAGAAGGAGCAGGAGCGCAUGCUCACCGAAGACGCCCGUGUCCAGCUGCGCGCGCAGUGGACGGAUGACUGCUGGAAGCAGGUCGAGACCAAGCUUCGGUCGGAGCUAAGCCGUGUACGCGGCGCCGAAUACGAGCUCUCGCGCCACGAGACACCACAGCGCCGCCGGGUGCGACUGGAUGUGUACCUCAAGCCGACAUCGCAUUUGCUCUUGCAAGCCAAGGCGCCGGCGCCCAUUUCUCGCGACGAUCUAUUGCAAAAGGUCGGACGCGUCAUUGCGCAGCAGCCAAAACCUGCCAUCGAGGACGACGUGGUCGACGAAGAGGCGAUCCAGAACAACAUUCGGAGCCGUCGAGGCACCAUUGGACGUGGCGCCGACUCGGACGAUGAAGAAGACGAUGACGAAGACGACGAAAGAACCGUCGUCGACGAGGAAGAGGAAGAAGCGGCAACCGGCGGCUUGGCACCAGACGACGCCACCCGCGUCCCUCUCGAAGCCAUCAAACUGCCGACAAUCGAAGCGGCCAAGAGCUUGCAUCCAUCCGGUGGCAUUGGUCUGGUGCCGGACGAUCGCAUCUACCUCCAGCCGUUGUGCCGCAAAGUUGUGCCCGAGGGCUUUGUGCUCGGGACCUUUUACGUCUGUGACAACGCGGCGGUGUUUACGCCGCAGGUGCCGCACGUGCGACCGGGUGCCGACGCCGAGUGGGCCGUCGGUCUGCAUCGAAGCCACCGCUGGAAGCUCAAGGACGUUGUCGCUGUCUACUUGCGUCGGUACCGUCUGCGCGAAUCUGCGCUCGAGCUCUUCUUGCGCGACGGCUCGACGCACUUUAUCGACUUUCACAUGGACGGCGCGAACGCGGCACUGACGACAAGCAUCCGCAACGACACGAUCCGGACGCUCCUCGCACUCGUGCCCAACGCCGCGAUCAAGCAGUGGCCAGGCUUUCCUGUCUCGCGCAUGCUGGGCCGCCUCACGCGCGAGUGGCAAGCGCGCAGCCUCAGCAACUACGAGUACCUCAUGGCGCUCAACACGCUCGCGGGCCGGACAUUCAACGACUUGACGCAAUACCCCGUUUUUCCGUGGGUCCUCUCCAACUACACGGCCGAGCACUUGGACUUGAGCGACCCGACCAACUUUCGCGACCUCUCGAAACCCAUGGGCGCCCUCAACGAGGAGCGGCUGCACGAGUACUGGGAGCGCUACCACAGCUUUGACGACCCCGUCAUCCCCAAGUUUCUCUACGGUUCGCACUACUCGACGGCGGCCGGCGUCGUGCUUUACUUCCUCGUGCGCCUCCAGCCGUUUGCGUCGCUGCACCAAGUGAUGCAAGGCGGCGUGUUUGAUCUCCCAGACCGUCUUUUCAACUCGGUCUCGGACGUCUGGGACAUGUGCAACUCGAGCAUGUCGGAAGUGAAGGAACUGACGCCCGAGUGGUUCAGCACGUCGGCGUUUCUCAAAAACUUGAACGCCUUUGACCUUGGCGCGCGCCAGGACGGCAAGCCGAUUGGCGACGUCGAGCUGCCGCCGUGGGCGAACGACGACCCCGAGGCCUUUGUGCGCCUGCACCGCGCGGCGCUUGAGAGCGAGUUUGUCUCGGCGCAUUUGCACGAGUGGAUCGACCUCAUCUUUGGCUUCAAGCAGCGCGGCGACGACGCGCUCGCAGCCAACAAUGUGUUUUACUACCUCACGUACUAUGGCCUCGUGGACCUCGACGCGAUCGAGGACCCAAUGCUGCGCACGGCGAUGGAGCAGCAGAUUGCGCAUUUUGGGCAGUGCCCGCGCCAGCUUUUCUCGAAAGGGCACCCACCCCGCGGGCCCGCGACAAGUGCCUCCGCCACCGUCCCUCGUCCGCUCGCCGUGGCGUAUCAGUCGCCAGUCAGGUCGCAGUCGUCGGUACUAUCGCGGUCGCUCGGCGGCGACACUGCGAUUCGCGCCAUCAAGAUCUUGUCGGACCGUGUCCUUGCCGUCAACGAUCUCGGCGUCAUUGAGCUUCACCACUGGAAGCUCCAUGCCAAAGCGCCGGCCUCGGCGGGCCGCAAGUCGGACGAGCUCCUAAAGGACGACGACGUCAGUAGCAACGAGUGGAAGCUCUCGACGGACCGGGAUCUCUCGCCGUUCGACGUCGUGCCGCGGCUCCCGAUCUUUGCAUCGGGCGCGCGGCUGCCGGUCGCCAUCUCGGAGCACGGGCGUGUGUUUGCGACGGGCGGCGCGUCGACGGGAUCGAUCCACCUCCGACUUGUGGACCUCGCCAACGGCCACAUCUUGGCCAAAGCCAGUGUCGAUGGCCACGCCGACGUUGUCACGUGCCUUGACAUGGACACGCUCGGUCAAGACGAGUUUCUUCUCUCGGGCGCCAAGGACUGCUCGGUGCUCUUGUGGCAGUUUUCCAACAUGAACAGUCCGUUCCGACUGCCACGUAUCUCGUCGAGUCCGCUCAUGGUGUAUCGAGGGCACGACGCGCCGCUCAGCGCGUGCCACCUCAACGCGCGCCUCGGUAUCGUCGCGUCAGCGUCGGCGUCCACGUGUCUCGUGCACAACGUGCAUACGGGCCACGUCCUCUUUCGUGCGCCCGCCGUCGACGACGCGACGUUCGAGCAGCUUGCUUCGUCGCAGCGCGGUUUUGUCGUCACCCGCAGCACCCGGCGGCACGGCACGGGCAGUGUGCUGGCCAUCUUCACGAUCGCAGGGACGUGCGUUCGCGUCCACGACGUCGAGCCCUGCAGUAGCAUCAUCGUCUCGCCGGACGGCGGCCUUGUGCUCGCGCACCUCGAGUUUGCCGUGCGCGUCUACCGUCUCGACGACCUAGCGAUUCUGCACGAGUACAAGACAUCGACCGAGUUGCCGGCCGCCAUCACGUGUGGCGCCGUCGGCCCGUCCGAAGCCAUCAUGCUCGCGGUCACUGGCCACGCGGACGGGAGCCUUGUGUGGCACCGACUGCCGGACGCCGACGGCCGCGUCUCGGUGCUCGGGUCGGUCGGGCGCUUCCUCAACAUCAACUCGCGCCUCAAGGUUGUCAAAGGCACGGUGCAGCAGGCGCAGACGCUGGCCAUGACGACGAUGGACAAUGCGCGCGCUGUGACCAACACGGCCAAGGACAUUGCGGGCGAGGCCAAGACGCUCAUGCAGAGCAUCUUUGGGCUUCUAAAGUCGGGUUAAUGCAAUUCCUU